AUGACGACCACGAAUUUCCCCCCCUUCUCCAGCCUAACCUCGCCAUGGUCGAGCGACACGGAUUCAUACUUCGAUGACGAGGUCCCAAUGACCAACGGCAUUGAGGAACUCGAUUACAUCCUAGGAUUCAGGGCCGCUGAAGAUGCAGCAUACGAGGCUAUGAUGGAGGAGCGUGAUCAGGGCAUAUUUGAUGAAUGGUACACUACGUUGCAACCUGUGCGGUGGUACAUGAACGUCUUUGCCUGGGCUGCUUCGCUGGGAAUCAUGGCCGAAGUCAACACGAUAUUCGGGGAUUACAUCUGGACGUGGGUUGAUUCCAAGAUCAAUAUCCAAAUGACUGAGUAA